GGAAAAGCUUCAACGGCUGGCGCUAUUACAAAGCAACACAUUCUUUACAGGAUUUAAAUAAGGAUCGAAAAUUUCCUCUCUAUAGAUCAUGGCACUAACUUCACCUUUAACGAAGAAACUUCGUGAUUUCUCCGUACAAUAUGUGAAGAUUUCUGAAGAAACUACGACGCGCGCCAAAAGGUUGGUCAAAGAUUACAUUGAAGACCAGAUCAUAGUGUACUGUCAAGAGAAUUCUACGAUUGAGAUAUUAAAGUUGGAGUAUACUGGCAGUUUUUACGAGGGGCUGAAGACUGAAGCUGCUGAUGAAGCCGAUAUCAUGGUAAUACUGGGAACGCCAAGCUCAGCAGGAAUCGAGGUUAUAGAUUCCCGAGUGCCCGGGUAUGUUCGUCUAAGAGCAAGAAAUGCUCCGAUGCUCAGCAAAUAUUUGAGUCCAGAAGGUUACAUUGACGCUGAGAGCCUUCGAGAUAGUUGGUUCCACAGCCUUGUUCGCCUGGCAGUGAAUAAUAUCAAACCUAAAGCACCUUUCUCUGACGUUCGUCUGGUUGUGCGUACCCACGGGCCGGCUGUCCAAGUGGACAUUUUUAGGAAAGGAUCUAAAGAGAAGUUAUUAUCAGUUGAUCUCGUCCCUAGCUUCCAAGUCGAGGAGAGCUGGUAUGUGCCCAAGCCUUUUGAGGGAAACCGAUAUGUGUUAAACAACGAGCUUCUCUGGAGAAAGACAUUUUCACCGAAGGAGAAGCAACUCCUAGCGUCGAUGGACAGCAAAGACCAUGGCUGUAGGCACGAGCUCUUACGAAUCGUGAAGACCGUAGUCAAGAGGCCUGUGACAUCUUUACCACUGGAUUCAUACCAUUUGAAGACCGCCUUCAUGCACUACAUUAAGAAAGGAGGCCUGGACUGGGAGAGUGGAGACGCUUUGGGGAAACAUUUCCUUGGAUUUCUUACAGAAUUACAAUUUCAUAUGGCGAGCAGAAAUCUUCCCCACUGUUGGUUGCGUGGUGUUAACGUUCUGGAUGAUUUCAAGAAAGGAACAAUUGAGCAGAUGGAGAAUCGGUUGAGAAGCAUCCUAAACAGCGAAGCAAAAUUGAACAAGAUACUCGAAUAGCCUUCAGGACUCUGUCAUGUCUGUCUCUUUCGUACCAUCAAUGCUGUCUAUCAUUUUAUUGAACUCUCAAUUGUUGCUUUAGGAAAGGGCUAAAUGGAAGUGUAGAACCUUGUUUUCAAGAUGUAUGUUAAUUAGAUUUUAAUCUAGCUUUCUAGUAAUUCUAUUUUAAAAAGGCAUUGUAAAACUUGUACUUGUA